UCGAAUUUAAUUUUGUAUUCUAACGGCUCUUACUAAUGAAGAAAAAUAAAAACAUUCAUAUUUUAACCAAUUGCUGUUCUUAAAAUAAUGUGUUUGAUAGUACUGUAUAGUGCUAAAGUCUAGGAAUUGUCUAAUAUGGAAGCCAAUGACUUUAUUGUUAAACUGAAAGCGGAUGGUACGGAUAAAGACUUAUAUGAUCUUGACAAAGUUUAUGGUGAUUACAAAGUGAUUUUGGCAAAACUAAGUGCUAAAGACCGUGGUCCAUUCUCUUUGAAUGUGUUAUGCAUUUUAUGCAGGAACUUGGAGAAAGUCCCAUCAUGGCGAGAUAGGAUAGAUGAUGGCUCAUUGCUCACUCUGAGUAUUGAUUGUGCAAGAGAGACUCGCUUGCUGGACCGUCCUGGAUGUGUGAAGACCCUGGCCUGUAUAUAUCAUAUACAUAGAUAUAUUGUUAGAAAGAAAUCUUCAAUACCACCUCAACUGGUGCUCAAAAUCUCGUACAUGCCAUUCGAGUGUGACUCGGACAGUUUAUUAAAUGAAUAUUACAAAACAUACUGGAGUAUUCUAGCGGACAGAAUAACAUAUAUCGAACAUCUCAAGUCCAGCAGACUACCCAUCGUCAAGCUACACCAGAAAUUAACUGAGGACACCCUCAAAGUCAUACAAAUAUACGACACUGCGCAAUAUUGUAUUAAUAUAUUAGUGUUUCUAAUAAAAAAACUACAUUACCUCUACAGCGACAACUGUCCUAAAGAAUUAAACGUAACAUACAAUCAUAUAUUUGACAAAUUCACAUCGAAGAACGAUCUGAAGUCAUUCAAAAAGUUGACAAAUAAAGAAGUAAUGGAUUUGUAUGUUAAAUUUAAUGAUUGUUUCUAUACGAUCGUUGAGAACUCGUCUAAAAUUAAUUACGCCGAUUCCAUACUUAAUAACGUUGUACAUUCUUUUACAAUAUUCACGGGACACUGUCCUGACAUUUUGCAUUGUUUCCAAACAUUCUAUUCGAAUGCCUUUUGCAAUAUUUUCAGUUACAUGACGAAUUCUAUAUAUAUAGAGUCAAUCUUCAACAGCUUGUUCCUCUCGUGUCAGAAUACAGAGAAAUUAGGUUAUGGUAAAGUUUUACGUGCUACAUAUCCAUUCUUAAAUCAACUACUCCGACUGUACAUUGAAUAUUUAGUUAAAAACGACAAGAAAUGGGACCAAUAUUUUACUGAACAGUCGCAAAUAAAUUGCCUAAAAUUUACUAUGCUGUUAAUGGUGCAAUCGAGGAAGAUGAGGCAGUCGGUUAACUGUGAGAAUUGUAAGGUGCAAUCUGGAUUGCAUGACGCCUUACGCCUGUCCUAUCUGAUGAAACAUUUUAUAAACAUAUCUGUAAAUCAGGGAAUAAAUAUAAAUGAUAUAUUACCUGUUUAUUACCAAAUAAUACAAGAACAACAUAAUAUUUUAAAUGAAUUAAAUGUUUUGAAAUGUUUUAAUCAUGAGAAAUGUUUUCGUAAACUGCAAACUGAUAUUCACAAUACGGCAAUCGUGUUAAACAAAGCUCAAUACCACGAAUAUUCAAUCAAACUCUUCAACGUUUACCUUAAACAUGAAAUACGUUGUUUUAAAAAUGAAUCUGAGCUUAAAAAUAUAAGUCGAGCUUUAUAUAAUAAGAGUAUUUGUGAAUUGGAUAGUAAAAUAUAUAUUGAUGCAUUAAAAGAUGCAUUUUUGAGCUUACUUUUCGCUCAACCUGACAGUUUAAGCUCGGAUAAGUAUAUGAGCUUAGUGAUGGAUAUAAAAGCGAAAGCGCUGAAGAAUUGUGAUGAUGAUGACAAUCAGGACUCCAUCCAACUGAUGACAGUGUUGGAAGCCUGUAAAAUGUGUGUCGAAAGUAAUUUAUAUGGGAAUUUGAAAGCUUUCAUGACGCCAAUAAAGUUUAGUGUGCUGUUGAAACAUGAAUUCACGAUGUACGCGAAGCUCUGGCCCUCUGUGGUACCGAUUGCUGGUGUGUGGAGAUCAUUGAACGACCUGGUGAAGGGACAGCAUCCAUCUUGGAUCGCAGGCGAGAGUGAAGAAACUCUACAGUGGACGCUGUACGAGGUGAUGGUAGAAACACCAAUAGUGGUCAGGACCAUCCACAGUCAGUACUACGCCAGUAUCGUCACUGAAGUUGUUACAAAACUUGACCAGUGUGUGAUAUCAACGACAAAAUUGAAAAUUGUCUAUGCUACAAUACUGUAUUUGAAGGCGGAAUACGAUCUGGCUGAAGCGAGUCAGAAAUACGAAUGGAAGAUAGCAGAGCCGAGUAUGGACCCGGAUCUGAUUUCGUCUGUCCGUACGUUGUCACAAGAGCACGAUGCCGCGCGGCGUGCUGUCGAAGCUGUCGAUGUAUGGACCGAGAUAUAUCUACUAUCAGAUAUAGACGAAGCUGAUGGAGUGCUGCGUGCAGCGCUGCAGACUGCCCAGGUCUGUGUAAUGCAGUUACUGCAUCUGUGGUGGACUGCGCCCGCGCUGCAGUUAGCGCUCAUCUGCUGCCAUCUAGCGGAUAAACUCGGUGACAGAGUGGCUUACAUCCGCAACGCCGGCGUCAUACUCGGUCACGCUAACAAACCGAGCGACUGUUUACUAGAACUUGUUAAAACUGCCACCAAGUAUUGCAGUGACCUUAUGAUGGACAAGGAAACCUUGGAUAGUUCACUUGUAUUCAUUUGUGAUGCAGCGAUAUACUAUGCUAAAACCGGUAAAGCAACCAUGGCGGCUAAGUUAGUGCAACAUGUUCAGGCGAAGAUACUGACGGUGUGCGAACAACACCCAGACGUCAAUCUGGAUUUAUCAACGGGACGGCUAUUGGAGGCCCAGUGGUCUUUGAACAUAUGUAGCCCUCUGAGUGGUACCACCGCAGCUCAACGUCAUUACCUCGCAGUGAACACCGCUGGCAGCGCGUGGAGCUCCCGGCGGCUGCACGGCGUGUGGGGCCGGCAGCGGAGCGCCCGCGCGGGGCUGCGGGCCGGGCGCGCGGCCGCCGCGCUGUGCGAGCCGCGCCGGGCGCGCGCCGCCGCCGCCCCGGCCCUGCCCGCCGCCCCCGCCGCGCCCCGCGCACUCCUCUACGCCGCGCUCGCAGCCCCGCGACAGAUAAUAAUCGAAAACCGUCUAAAAAUAAUACUUGGACUUCAACCCGCAAAAGAGGUACAACAACCCCAAACACAACCCCAGAAGCAAAUCCACUUCACCCCCAAACAGAACAUUGAAACGAUGCUGGAAAAUAUGACGUUCCAGAAAUUGCAGACCAGUCCAUCCGUACCCUGCGUGUCUGUACCGGGCUACAGUACCCCGGACUUCUUAAAACAUGUAAAAUGCCACUGCUUCGCUUGUGAAAACCCGUACAGUUGCAUAAUAGCCUGUUACAUUGCUGGUCUCGAAGCUGGAAUGUACUUCAACGCGAACGAAGCAGACAUAGCCACGAAUUACUUUGACGGUGCUCUAGAAUGCUUCAAAUUGGCUGAGGCGAAAUUGAGAGAGGUUUUAGAGAGUUAUAGACGUAGAUUUGAGAUGUUCACAGUCGAUAUUGUAGAGGGCGUGCUUAUGGAAGAGUUUGUACGAAUACAAAUACAGACCUUGAUCGAGGCGUCGUAUUUUGAACUCUCUUUGAAGAAUUAUGAUAAAGCCGACGAGUAUGUCGUGAAGAUACACGAAACUAUGCAGGAAGUGGAUAAAUUCGACGGUUUUAUGCGUAACGACGUCAUGAAUUUGAUGAUAGCGUCGGCUCAGUUGAGAAAAGUAAUGAAGAAACCGGUUGAAACCAGUUUAGAGGUUGAAUUCGAAGGGUUGAAACUCUCACCGGGCGCGGAGAUCGAAGCGCCAAAAACCCCGGAAAUGAAAGCGAAAAACCCGCCGAAAAUUACGAAAGUUAUAGUAAAGGAUGAGGAGAUACUUAAAAAACGGAAAGUUAUAAAGCUGAAUUUAGACGAGAGUGAUGAUAAGGAGCAAGCGAGUACUAAAAAGUGUACGAAAAAGGAACAAUUCAAAAUACCUGUACCAAUCAAGACCAGGCAUGUAUUGGAAAGUAUUACGCCUAGAAACACGCGAUCCAAACCGUCAAUAAUAACAACACAACCUUCGGAAGAAGCAAUAACCCCAGUACCAAAUAAAACUACUACCGAAUUCUUCACCCCUGAUUCGACCCCAGACCAAUUUUUCACCCCCAUGACUUCCGUGAAAACAUACUCGAAACAGUCAUUAAGAAAGAAUAUAGUGAAGAAAUUGGAAACUGAAUUCUCUACGCCCAAAACUGAUGAGGCAAAUUCGAUUUUAUCCCCUGAGAUAGAAAAACUAGUUUUGCCUAAAACAGCCAGGGGUAGUAGAUCGAAAGUUGAAGGGAAGAAGUCGUUGAAACGGGCCACCAGUCCUGGGAAAUUGGAGAGUAAUGCUAACACAAGGAGUUUAAGGAAACCCGUCAACUAUAGGAAAACUGAAGGUAAAUAGACUCUACCAAAGACCAUAUACAGGCGACCAAGUCAAUGAUCAUAUAAAACUGAACAAUAUCCUGAAGGAAACAAAGUUGAAAAUUGAAAAUGACUUUAAAAAUGCGGUCAGGUAAUAAUAAUAACUCUGGAUAAUUCACACAGCGCCAUCUAGUCGCAAUCUAAGCAGAUUUUAUGUUAUAGGUACUAGACAACGGAUAUUUUUUUUAAACACAAGUAAUGUACAUAGAAAACAAACAUACAAAGGUUUGUGCGUUGCGAGGAAUCUAACCAGUGACCAUCGGAAGAAAGGUACUAAACCACUAGUCCAUCGAAGCCGUCAAAAUCGUCGUAUCUGAGAUUAUAGCGCACAUAUACACACAGACAGAAACACAAAAAUUGUAACUAUUAUUAUUAUUUUGAACAUGCUAUCCAGGACAGUACCCUGAACAGUAGUACCAAGUUUUUAAUUUACCUAGUUCC